GCUUCAACGUGUUUCACUUCAACGUCACAACGAUACAUUUUUGUCCAAUGGUAGAGCAUUCUUGUCGUGGCCCCUGCUUUUUUGGUCCUUGCCGACGUCAAGCAUGCGACUUUUUGCAGCGCGGAACCUGGCGCGCUUAGCGCGUGGACAGAGCCACAAGUUCCAUGGCUCGACGCUGCGUCAUGCGCUGCUGCUGAGCGGUCUAGGUCUGUCCAUGCUGGCCCUCGCACACGGAGAGAUGACGGACAUGCGCUCUGCACACAUGGAAGCGCAGUGUGACGCUCGCUACGCGCCACCCGAGGUAGAAGGGGCCUUCUCUGUGCCGCUCGAGCGCGAGGAGUUCGCACCCAUCUCCAAGUCCCGUGCCACGCGCGUCAGCAGCGCGUCGUACAAAGCCAAUUUCCCCAUUGAGGACAAAUACGCCGUGGCUACGACGGACUCGGGCGACGUGUUCGCAACCGUGCUCGAUGGUCAUGGCGGCUGGCAAGUGUCUGAAUACGCUCGCAAGACGCUGAUCGGCAACGUGCAGAAGGAGCUGGCGUACUUGUACAAGCCGGGUACUAACGAGCCGGCUCAAGGUGACGAGGAGACCGUCUCGGAUGACCGCGUGGCUGCUGCCAUUCAACGUGCAUUCGGACGCACGGAUCGUGACCUCAUGGCGGAGGUGGCGUCGGCUUUCAAGCUGGGUUUUGGAGCGGUAGCCCGUUGCGGAUCAUGCGCGUGUCUGGCGUACGUGCACGAAGGCACCGUGUACGUCGCCAAUGCUGGUGAUAUUCGUGCAGUACUGGGAAAGCACGGUGAAGAGCCCGACACUAUCGCAGCUGAGCCACUCAGCAACGACCAGAACGCCAUGGUGAAAUUUGAGCAGGAAAAGCUCAUCAAGGAGCAUCCAGGUGAAGCCAACGCGUUCACUUGUCGCCAUCCGGACUCGUGCUACGUGAAGGGAGCGCUGCAGCCUACACGUGCAUUCGGUGAUUUCGCACUUAAGCACCCGGAAUUCAAUGGUCCGCCCUACAAGAACGGCGAUCGCUCUGCCGGCCGCCAUUUCUCGGCCCCAUACACGCCGCCAUACAUCACGGCUAUUCCGGAGGUCAAGUCGCACAAGCUCGCAGAGGGAGACAAGUUCCUCAUCAUUGGCUCUGAUGGUCUGUGGGACUAUCUCAGCAACGAAGAAGCCGUUGAAAUCGUGAAUGGCCAGGCUUCGUGCGGGAACCACGACCUGGCAGGCCGUGCUCUGGUUGAGCGCGUGCUUCAGAAGGCGGCGAAGCGAUACGGAAUGACGUACCAGGAGCUGUUGAGUCUGCCGCCUGGGAGUCACCGUCGCCGUCGCCACGAUGACACGACGGUGGUUGUGUUGUUCUUCGAUUAGAGUGAAUUGAGGCUACGUCUUGCAGUACUGAGUAGCCUUGAUGAACAUGAAGGAUUGCACAAUAGGCAAGCAUAAAGGCACAAAUCAAUCGAAGGAUCGAUAUUCUUCAAUACGAAGUUUACAUAUUGCGAGAAAAGGAAGACCGCGCUGGUCUACUGGC